AUGACAGCCUUCAUAAACGGGCUGCACAAGCAGAAGCUCUACACCGAGCUGGUGGAGAAACCUCCCAAGUCCGUUCGGGAGAUGCUAGACCGAGCCCAUGAGAAGGCCAACGCGGAGGAGGCCAACCGCCUAAAAAGUGCGCAGGAAAGACUGAGAGAUGACAAGCGCAGGAAGGGCGCCGACCAGGUAGAUGCACGGACUGGGCUGGGAAGAAAGAGCACCUAUGACCGUCCCCCCAGGAGCCGCCACCUGGGCGGAGACAAACCUUGGACUGCUCUCACAGCGCCCCGAACUCGGGUCCUCGCGGUGAUGGAGCAGGAGGGAUUGUCCCGACCUCCCCGACCCCUGGGUGGGGAUAAGAGCAGACGCGACCAGGGUCUGUACUGUGUAUAUCACCGAGAUGUGGGACAUGACACGGAAGACUGUUGUUACCUGAAGAAAGACAUUGAAAAGCUAAUAAAACGGGGGCACCUCGGUCAGUUCAUAAGAGAGGAACGGUCUGACCAACAGCGGGGGAGGCCCAGGUCAGAGCGACAGGGCUACACCCGGGAUCGACCUCAGGGGCCCCGCGGCCGAACUCCCAAGCAGGAAGUUCGAAACCUGGCCGGAGUGAUUAAUACUAUUGCUGGAGGACCUGUCGGAGGGGACAGUCACACAGCUCGGCGGCACAAUCGCCCUCCUCCUUCGGGGGAGAGCUCAAACAAGCGAUUGAAAAUGUAUGAGAAAAUUAUUUAUGGACCUGAGGAUGCAGUUCCUCUGGCCUCCAAUAAUCAUGAAGCCAUUGUGAUAGAGGUUGUCACCUGUAACUACAAGGUGAAGAAAGUAUACAUAGACAAUGGAAGUGCUAUAGAUGUGCUGUAUUACAAGACUUUCAAGGAGCUGCAGCUAGAGGAUAGGCAGCUCAUCCCGGUGCGAACUCCUCUGAUCAGGUUUGCAGGCCCUCCCAUAAGACCGGAGGGAAUGAUAACCCUCAUGGUCACAGUAGGGGCCUCCCCAAGGUGCCGGACUGUUCCGGUAAACUUUGCGGUGGUGAAAGAGCCCUCAUCAUACAACAUGAUCCUGGGACGGCCUACCCUGAAUGCCCUCCGAGCUGUUUGUUCCACUUUGCACCUCAAUAUGAAGUUCCCCACUCCGGAUGGGGUGGCAGAGGUGCUUGGAGACCCCGAAGUAGCCAGGGCAUGCUAUAUUGCCACCCUUAAAGGCAAGGAGAAGUUGGUAGCUCAAACUACUUGUUUAGAGCCUUGGGAGCCCCUGGAGAAGGGGGAAAGGUUGGAGACGGAUGAAGGGCUGACCGAGCUGCCUGUCCGACUUGACCAGCCUGAGCGCACGGUUAAGGUUGGCACCUGUCUGGGCGAUUCGAUUCGGGACUCCUUACAAUCUCUCUUAGAAGAGUACGCAGAAAUUUUUGCGUGGAGUGCGGAUGACAUGCCAGGGGUCCCGACCGAGCUAGCCGUUCACAGGUUGCAGGUGGACCCCAGUGUCCGACCUGUGAAGCAGAAAAAGAGGAGCUUUGCUCCUGAGAGAAAGGAUGUUGUCAAAGGCGAGGUGGGUAAGUUGCUGGAGGCCAAGAUCGUUAAGGAGGUCUAUUACCCGACCUGGCUAGCCAACCCGGUGCUGGUCAAGAAGGAGGAGAAGGCCUGGAGGAUGUGUGUGGAUUUCACGGACUUAAACAAGGCCUGCCCAAAGGACUGCUACCCACUUCCCCGGAUUGAUCAGCUUGUGGACUCAACAGCGGGCUAUGAGAUCUUCUGUUUCUUGGACUCCUUCAAGGGAUAUCAUCAGAUAGCUCUGGACGAGGAGGAUCAGGAGAAGACCUCAUUUAUCAUCGAAGAGGGCACGUAUUGUUAUGUUACCAUGCCGUUCGAGCUAAAGAAUGCAGGCGCGACCUAUCAAAGGUUGGUAAACAAGUUGUUCAAGAAUCAAAUCGACCGAAACCUGGAAGUUUAUGUGGAUGAUAUGUUAGUCAAAAGUCGAACUCAGGAUCAGUUCAUCUCUGACCUGAGGGAAAUUUUUGAGGUCCUCCGGAGCUCACGAAUGCGGCUAAACCCAAAGAAGUGUACCUUUGGGGUCAGAUCGGGAAAAUUCCUGGGCUAUAUGAUUUCCAAAGAAGGGGUGAGAGCUAACCCGGACAAGAUCAAGGCUAUCAUGGACAUGGCCCCACCUCGGAAUAUUAAGGAGGUGCAACGUCUGACAGGGAGGAUGGCAGCCUUGAACAGGUUCCUGUCCAAAUCAGCAGUUCGGGGGUCGCCUUUCUUCAAGGCCCUAAAAGGAGGUCGGCAGUUUAGCUGGAGUCCGAAGUGCCAGAAGGCGUUUGACGAGCUGAAGGAGCACCUCGCUCGGUUACCAGCCCUGACCUCUCCUGAGUUGGGGGAGACUCCGUUCGUCUACUUAGCUUCGGGAGAGGGGGCCAUUAGUGCAGUGCUGGUACGAGAAGAAGACAAAGUCCAGAAGCCUGUAUAUUAUGUCAGUCGCGCCCUGCAAGGGGUUGAGACAAGGUACUCAGCGAUAGAACGCUAUGUUUUGGCGCUGGUGCAUGUAGCUCGGAAGCUCAGGACGUACUUCCAGGCUCAUCCUGUGGUGGUCAUGACGGACCAGCCCCUGAAGCAGAUCCUGUCCAAGCCCGAGUCCUCGGGUCGAAUGGUGAAAUGGGCUGUGGAGCUGUCAGAAUACGACCUGGGAUAUCAGCCCCGGACGGCCAUCAAGGCUCAAGCACUGGCAGACUUCAUAGCGGAUGGUGUGUCCUUCGGGUUGAAUGAAGGGGAGACAGGCCAGACUGGACCGGAUGGAGAGGUUAAGGAUGCACAUGCCGGACGGGCAGCCAGAACCAUACAGACCCCUAAGACUACCAAGGCCGUACAGACCAGAGAGGCAGCCGAGGUCCUACGGGCCGAAGACACUGCCGAGGACGCCCAGACCAGUCAGGUAGCAGAGGGCGGGUCGGCCAGAGAAGCUGGAGAGGCCGAAUGGGUCCGAGAGGUUGCAGAGGUCGAGCAGGCCAUAGACGCAGCUGAGACCCAGCAGGUCGGAGACCCAGCCGAGGUCGCACAUCCUAAAAAGAUUGCCAAGGCCGAGCUGGCCAGAGCAACAGCCUGA